AGUUGGUUGUGUGUGUUGUGUAAACAACUUGUUUUAUUCGAAUAAUAGCAACAAAAAUAUCACUCAGAAGGAGGAAAACCUAAACAGUUUAGUUAAAAACUUGGAAGUGAACGGAUAGUUGCUGGAGUCGUGGAAAGUUGAAUAACUUUAUUUCGUCGUCAAACUCAGCUGUCAUUUCCAUUCUGUGUUUUUGUGUUCUGAAAAUAAACGGGCUGACCUCGAAUUGGGCAGUGGUUUUCGCAUCGAUCGUUUUUUUUCGGGAAAAAAAGAGCAUGGAAAAAUUCGAUCUAUUAUUGAAUGUACACAGCAAUUUGGAGCCUCCAAAACCGGAUGGUAGUACAUUUUUGAUGCGAGGAAACUAUCAUUACUAUCAUUACGGAUGUGACGGUUUCCAGGAUGUGGGAUGGGGUUGCGGAUAUCGGACACUGCAAUCGAUCUGUUCGUGGAUCAUAGAAAAGAGUUCCCUAGACAAGGAAGUUCCGAACAUUCCGACUAUUCAACAAACUCUAGUUGAGAUCAAAGACAAACCGGAGCGUUUCUUCGGAUCGCGCGAAUGGAUCGGAACGUUGGAGGCGAUUUAUGUCAUCGACACUCUCUUCGAUGUUCCCUGCAAAGUUAUUCACAUCUCCAAAAAGGAUAGCAUCGCAAAGCAUAGUGACAUGCUGAAGGAAUACUUUGAAACACACGGUGGAUUAAUUAUGAUGGGAGGAGAUAUGGAUGCCGCCUCUAAAGGAAUCGCUGGUAUUCACAUCGGUGCAGAUCAAACUGUAUAUCUGCUUGUCGUGGAUCCUCAUUUUGUCGGUAAAAUCAAAACCAAAGAAGAGCUUUAUACUAAAAGUUAUGUUAAAUGGCAAAAAGUUGAUGAAUUUGUCGAUAGCUCAUUCUAUAAUCUGUGUCUUCCAAUGGUGAAGGCUAAGGAGGCACUUUAAGUUGCAUGUAUUAUACCCUAGUAUAUAAGUCAAACGAUAGCGCAAAAUGUAAUUCCGACAUGCACUGAAACGUUCGCACUUUUCAAUAUACUCAACCAAAUAUCGAAAGUUGGUGAAAGCGAUUCUAUUCAACUGUACAAUGCAUAUUAUAACGACACUGCAGUUUAUAUUACUCGCUAAUGUGUACCCAAAGUGACAAGUUGGAAUUGAACGAACUUAGCUAAAUUGAUCAUUGUAUCCUUUACAAAUUCCUUUUUAAACAAAUUCUUAUUCUGAAGAUAUUUUGAGGAGAGCUUAAAUUAUAACACAUCGAGAAUUUAAAAAAAUCGAUUGUAGAUUGUUCAAAUUUAUUACUCAUAGUGAAAUAUACCAACGGAUUUAUAUGAGGUAGAAGAAAUUUAUACUAAAAAAAGUAGA